AAUGGUGUGAAGCGGAUGCAGAGAAAUAAUAAGAAUCGGAUUCUCCGCAACGUGACAAGCGAAAAUUUCACCCUGAGUCAAGUACAAGUACAAGGUGAAAUUUCAAGAGAUGCGGCUUCGUGGAAGUUACCACGAGAUCUGGACUCCGAUUUCACCAUGGGUAGUUCUUCGUCUCUGUUUUUACCACGAGGCACCACCAACAUUGGAAAUCGAGACCACCAACUUCAGCCAACUUCUAAGGCCCUUUACUCUCUGCUGCUGCUCACGUCCCACUUGCUUCUUGGUUUCUUCCCUCUUUUUGUCCCUCUCCCAACCUUUGCCUAUAAAUACGACUUCAUUCGAGGCCUCCCCACACUUCAAAGUGAAGAGAAAAUGGAGAUGAAGAAGAGCGUCCUCCCAGUUCUGUUGCUCUUGCUGCUGUUGGUGGCCACACCUAAUAUGACGAACACUGCAGAAGCAAGAACGUGCGAGUCGCAGAGCCACCAGUUCAAGGGCCGCUGCUUUAGCGACCACAACUGCGGUAUGGUGUGCAAGACCGAGGGCUUCUUCGGGGGCAAAUGCAGAGGCUUUCGUGGGAGAUGCUUCUGCACUAAACCGUGUUAGAGGAGAUCUCCUGAUGUGAAGCACACGUCUCCCUAGGACUAGUGGACUGCUUACUUCUUAAGUUCUGGAGAGUUUGGUUGAUGUCUGAUGUUGGUCGAGUCUUCCUGUCACCAUCGUGGCCUUUCUUGUUGCGUUUUCAUCUUGUGCUUCUCAUUUUGAAUAACAGAUCUCUUGGUGUCUAUCUAUAA